UUAUCAGUAAAGCUUCAUAAGUUGGAAAACAAUAAUAAAAGUCGGUUGGUGCAUGCCUUUAAAAAAAGUGUUUAAGCCAUAAUUUAAAUUAUAUUUAUUUGUUAUCAACAUAUUUAUAAUAUGUAUACCGGUAUUGUGAAUAUUUUUUUCCUUUCUUUAGCCAUAGUCACAGCAUCUUCAAAAGAAGUAUCACCAGAUAUCGUAGCAAUACCUGGGGGUGCUAGUGGCAAUGCAAUAACUACCCGAUACUGGGAUUGUUGUGUUGUAUCUUGCAGUUGGGAUGCUAACGUUCAUACAAGAAACGGAAAACCCGUUAAAUCUUGUGAAAAAGAUGGAGCAACCUAUAGUACAAAGGAAAAUAAUGGAAAUUCUGUUUGCUAUCCUGACCAUCCCGGAAAUGCAUACGUUUGUAACAAUAAUCAACCGUUCGUAGUUAACUCCACUCUUGCUUUUGGAUUUGCUGGUGUAUCUUUUCAAGGUGGUGCUGACGUUGAACAUUGUUGCCAUUGUUACCUUUUGAGUUUUAAAGGUCAACUUCAAGGCAAACAGAUGUUGGUUCAAACCAUUAACACAGGAGCUGAUGCUGUUGCCCAUCAUUUCGAUUUACAAAUUCCCGGUGGAGGAGUUGGUUACAAUACACAAGGUUGUCGGAUUCAGUGGAAUGCUCCUGAGAAUGGAUGGGGUGAGCGUUAUGGUGGAGUUACGUCCGAGCAACAAUGUAAUGAAUUACCAUGGCAACUACAGGCAGGUUGUAGAUUUAGAUUCGAAUUCAUGGAAGGAGUUUCGAAUCCAGACGUUACUUUCCAGGAAGUUCAAUGUCCAUCACAAUUGGUAGCUCUCAGCGAUUGCGGAGAUCUUUAGAAAAUUGUACAUUUGAUUUGAUUUUAUUGUAGAAAUAUACUAAAAAAUGUUAACUGUUUUAUUUUUUU